UCUAGAAGAAAGAGCAAGGAGAGAGAGAAGAACACUGAUUAAAAUUAAAAAGGCAUAGGAGGAGAAAUAUGGGAUUUCUGACGUCAGUGGUAAGCACAACCACCACCACGACGGCAAUCGCAGCAGCAGCCACCGCUAUCUUCGCUCAUUCUGAUUCUCCUCCUCCUUCUUCUUCUAACUAUUUCAUCUCCAGAAACCUAACUUUCCCUCGUUUGUCGAUUACAAAUUCUACCCUCACACCAGUUCUUCGCUUCGGCCUCCUCAAGACCUCUUCCCGUCCCCCUUCGGCCCUACACAUGGACGCUCCUUCAUCGGAUCAUCAACCCUCCUUCCAGAACAAUGCCUUGUUGCCAGAAUUACUGACUGAGUAUAUGGUGGACAUGAAGUGUGACGGUUGUGUAAACGCGGUCAAGAAUAAGUUAGCGACUGUUGAUGGUGUUAAGAAUGUCGAUGUGGAUUUGAGCAAUCAAGUAGUCAGAAUUCUUGGGUCUUCACCCGUGAAGACCAUGACCAAAGCUUUGGAGCAGACUGGUAGAAAAGCUCGUUUAAUCGGCCAAGGGGUUCCUGAAGAUUUCUUAGUUUCUGCUGCAGUUUCCGAGUUCAAAGGUCCAGAUAUUUUUGGUGUGGUCCGCUUGGCUCAAGUCAAUAUGGAACUGGCUAGGAUUGAGGCUAACUUUAGUGGGUUGUCACCUGGAAAACAUGGUUGGUCAAUAAAUGAAUUUGGUGAUCUGACCAAGGGGCCAUCAAGCACUGGGAAAGUGUUCAAUCCAGCAAACAAGGCGACCGAGAAACAGCCACUGGGCGACCUGGGAACAUUAGAGGUUGAUGAGAAAGGUGAGGCGUUCUUUUCAGGUUUUAAGGAACAGCUAAGAGUUGUUGAUCUCAUUGGGAGAUCAAUAGUGAUGUAUGAGACAGAAGAUAAAUCAGAUCCAGGUCUUGCAGCUGCAGUGAUAGCUCGGAGUGCAGGUGUUGGUGAGAAUUACAAAAAGCUCUGCACUUGUGAUGGGACUACCAUUUGGGAAGCAACUGACAAAGAUUUUGUCACCAACAAGGUUUGAUGAUUUUAAAACCUCACAUAUCAUUCAACCUGUAGUUGCCACCUUGUAUACCCAAAAUAAUAAAGGUUAUACUUGUAGACAAUCUUGUACUUCGUGAAAAGAACUUGAUCGAUGUAGCCGUUUGUAUCAUGUGUGUAAUUCUACAAGGACAAGUUCACCAUUAGAGAGAGUUUUGGAGAAUGUAGAACAGAGUCCUUGUUUUUUAAUCUAUGGUUGAGAAAUAAGAUUGGUGGUACUAUCUUCGGGAAA